GUCCUCUUUCUGAUGACAUCAAGAAAUUUACAUAUCUGUCACACAUGACUGAGCACAAAGUGGUUUAAUGGACUGUGUCAGAAAUGGCUUUGCACUAAAUGCGUCACAGGAUUGCACAGCAUGAAGGAUUUCUAAAGAAAAAACAAAAAGCAGUAAGUACACUACCAAAAUCAUUAAUUCAAAGACAACUGCACUUGAGGCCUUUUCACACUGCAGAGUCAAUCCCCGGGAAAUAAAUCCCUGGAAAAAUCCUGGGGAUUUUUACCCCACCAAAACCCCAGCAACCAUUCACACUAGACCCACUUGGUAACUCCCAGGGACACUAUUUCCCGAGAAUAUGCACGGUCAUUUCACACUCUGGCAAUCAAACCCCGGGAAACGAGUAAACGGAAGUUCCCAAAUGGGUUGUGGAUGGAAGUCCAAUCCCACAAUGCUGUUCAUGCACAGGUACAAGCUGCUGCUGUUUACAUCACGUAAUAUGCCAAGUUGACGUUGCGAGUGUGAGAAUGGCUGCCCAUCUGUCAAUAUUUGCGUGCUGGUGUUAAUCGUGAAAGGAAAGUGGAGUUGAAGGAAGCUUAGAACGAUAGAAGUAAAACACGACACGUGGGGAUACAAUACACGCAGGCCAUGCAUCACAGUAGACUAGUACCUAACCACACAGGCCAUUAUAAAUACACAUACCUGAGAAGAAAGCAAAACACAUCUUGCUCACGACACCUCAUUUAUUACAUUAUAAAACCAUUCAUUUUGCACAUAUUCUUUAAAAUUAAAUUAUUUGUACAUGUAUAAUUUUUGAACACUUGUUAUUUAUCUUUUGGUACUUGACUGUAAAUAUAUUGACGAAAAGUUUGAAAGUUUCAUGUGCUGCAUUACAGUACUAAAUAACCAUGUGAAUUAUCUGGUGUGCUAUUUGUGACCCUCUGACCUCUUAGAUAAUGGCUUAACACACUAGCCCAGAUGCAAAAAGUUCAAUAAGUUCAGUAAGUUUAAACCUGCAGACGUUCUCAGUAGUUGCUUUUCCCUUGGGAAAAUGUUAAAUCCCUGGGGUUUUCUCCUUUAACCCUACUCCCGAGCAGGGGUAAAUAUUUCUUUGGUAGUGUGAACAGACCGACCGAAAUUUCCCGGGGAAUUCGUUUAGUGUAAAAACCCUUUUACAUGUACAUGCAUGCAGAGGCUUAUUGCCUAACCCCAGUGUCCUUCAACAUACAUUGUACAUGCACCCCAUUUCUUUCAAUGCAAACUUCUGCCCUUGUUCUUCGUACUUCAAAAUGGGUAUCAUGCAUUUUGGAGAUUCCAACAGGCAUCAUAUAAUCCUGACUAAAUAAGCCAUCUCUGGACAGUACAAAUUCAUGUACAUUGUAUUUGAUGCAAAGCCAUUUCUGACUUGGUCCAUUACAUGCACACUACUUUGUGCUGAGUCAUCUUUGAAAGAAAUAUGAAUUUUUUGGUGUUAUACUGGUGGAUGUCAUAAUGAAACAUGAUGGUUUCCAUUGACAAAAGUAAUAAGUCACGUUCAAGAAACAAACAAAUUACAUGUACAUGUAUCUCGGUAUCCUCUUUUUUAAAAGACAAUCGUAAUGUGUACAUGUAUGUUGGGCGUUGCUAAUGGCUAAGGUCCAACAUUCCUCAUUCUUUGAAUUAAAUAUUCACAAAUCUGUAGAUGUAUGGUACACUGUACCGUACAUGUACAUGUACAUGUACAUGUAAUGGACAUUUAUUAUACGUGCAUACAGUAUGUGUAUAUUAAACAGAUAAUGUCUUUAUCUGUUAUUAGUACAUAGUAUGUAUAUUAUACAUGUACAUGUAUAUUAAACUAACAGUCUUUGUGAUUGAUGACAGUUUAAUGACGUUGAAUGUGCAUAUAAAGUAUAUGGUAGUACAUGUGUGUUAUAUGAUGAAUAUUCAUUGUUUUGGUGUGGCACCUAUUCUUGAAGUGAGUCAUUACAUAUCUAUGUGGGAACACCCCCACUGCAACGUGUUGCUGGUAUUCCUAUGUAGCUAGUUGCAUUGUGCUCAGUGUGUUUUGUGGUGGGUUAGAGGUCUUGGUGAUGCAGCACUUCAUACUGCAGUCGUAUCUGUUUAUCAGACUUCUGUGGCACAGCCACUUGACAAAUGCUGGAUUUGGGUUAUUGUUGUACACAAUUUCGAUAUUGACUUACACGUGGAAGAUAAUUUUGUAGUCUACUGAAAUCUUUAACAUCACUACAGUGUACGUGUUCAGGUGCACGGUACGCACCGCACUGAACAUUUGUCCAGGUAUAGACCUACACUGUACACGUGCAUGUACAAGCACUCAAGUACAGUACACGUACACAUGUGCAUACAUAGGGACAGAGCAUGUGACUGCAUUAUUCAUGCACAUAUACAGUACAUGUAACUGACUGUCCUGUCUUAUACGGUACAUAUACAGAUGUAUUUCUAUAAUUCUUUGAGAAUAGUCGCCAUUGUGUAAUUUGUGCCUGGCUACAUGUACAUUGGUUGUACUGAAGCAUGCCUGUGUGGAGGCUGAUGUGCCUGAGUGGGAGACGACUACAGCAUGUGUAAUCUCAUGUGGAAAUGAAUGGUUCAUAGUAACUGUGGUGAUUCUUACCUUGCUACAAACGUGUACACACGUGUACAUUUACACUCACCUUCCUUUGAUUGUCAAGAUGCUUGCAUGGGAUUCUGUUGAUGUAGUUACCAAGGUACCGGUAAGGGCAGCCCAGACUACAGCCCAGUCUGGCAGCAUGGAGCUUCCAUUUUCUAACGGCAAUACUGGGUCAGUUGAAUCUCUCAGCUCAGGGGGGUCAACAGAUUCCGGUGGAGACUUCUUCAAAAUCAGAGUCAGGAUACCCGAAUUAGAAGUGGAGAAUUGUUUCUGUUUUAGACGGGAUCGAACGAUAUGGUUUGCCAAAUUACAGCUGCUUAAAAGUUUAAGUAAGCCACUGACAGACAGCUUAAACUUUGGAUUCUACCUGCCACCAUCACAUGGUAAAGCUGGCAAAUUCUUGGAAGAAGAGAGACCAUUCAGUGACUAUCCCACUGACCCUGCAAACAUGCCAUUCUUAGAGUUCAAAUACAAGAGACGUGUUUACAAACAGAUAAAACUGGACAUCAAGGAGGUCAGGAAGUAUCAUAACAAAGCUAACAUCAAGAUGUUCUUUGAAUGUGCACGGAGUAAAAAUACUGACAAGAUUGCCAAGAUGACAGGGAAAUGUAUGGAUCCUAAUAUCCAUGAAGAAAGUACAGGGGAAACUCCACUGACUGUUGCUGCAUCCAUGAAGAACUCAGAAGAAGUAAUCCAGGCAUUGAUCAGUGGUGGCGCACAUCUUGACUACAGAGCAAGAGAUGGAAAAACAGCAUUCCACAAGGCUGUUAAGUCAGGCAAUCAGUCUAUUAUAGAGUUACUGUUGAGCCUAGGAGCAUCACCCAAUUACAAAGAUUCCAGAGGUCUCACUGCUCUCUACUACAACGUACAGCAUGGUGGAGAUCCAAUGAUAGCGGAACUUCUGUUGAAAGACCGAGCAACUGUCAACAUUUCAGAUGAGCAGGGUUGGAAGGAAAUUCACCAUGCAUGUCGUUAUGGCAGAAUCCAGCAUCUACAGCUUCUUAUCUAUUACGGAGCAGAUAUUAAUUGUCAGAAUGAGGCAGGAAACACACCUCUGCAUGUCAGCGCUGCUUAUAAUCAAGAGUCUGCUGCAAGAAUGGUUUUAUUCCGUGGUGGGAACAGAUCAAUAAAGAAUAAGUCCAGCCAAACGCCUUUCCAGGUUGCUAUUGUUUCCAAUAACUUCAGCUUGGGUGAAAUGAUCAAAAAUUACUCUGAGGAGGAUGUGGUAAUACAACAAGAAGUGCCAUCAUACAACAACCGCCGGAGAUGCUCGUCACUGACAGCAGUUGCAACAGGUGUUUUGAGUCGGACAGUCAGUGAACCAUUUCUCCCUGGACAAUUUCUUAGAAACCAAGGUGGAAACAGAAUGUCUAUAGCAUCAUCCUCAAGCUUUACUGAUGAUGACUCCAUUCCUGAAGAGGUCAGCUCCCCUAAGAGGUCUGGCUCUGUAGGUUCCAUGGGCCGGUCAGCAGCAGUUGCCCGCAUGGUACAUCGCAAGAUCAAAGAUACCAAACCCGGUAAACUGUACAUUUGUAUCAAGCCAUACACCGCUCAGGAAUAUGGAGAACUAACUCUCAUGAAGGGAGAUUAUGUUAAAGUUCAUGGCAUUGGUGAAUUCAACUUCUGGGAGGGUGAAGUAGGUAACUCUAGAGGAUGGUUUCCCUCAGACUGUGUCCGUGAAGUUACAGGCAAGGAAAAAGCACAGACAAUGAGAGAGAGAAAAGCAAACUUUGGAGAGAGUUUAACAACACAAACAAAGGAAGGAGAACCUCGAGUUGUGUUUGUAGAGAGAAAGAAGAAAGGUUUUGGAUUUAUCUUGCGAGGUGCAAAAAGUCCUCAAGGUGCUACAUCAGCAUUCAAACCAACUAAGGAAUUUCCAGCUUUACAGUAUCUAGAACAUGUAGAUAAAGGAAGCCCUGCAGAUAAAGCUGGUCUCAAGAGGGGAGACUUUGUCUUGGAGAUUAAUGGACAAGAUGUUUCUACUGCUCCUCACCAGUAUGUGGUCAGCCUAGUCAUUAAUUCCCCAGAUACCAUCGUAAUGAAGGUUGUUACACUUCCUAAUUCCAAAGCUCUGGUCUGGCUGAAUGAAGCUAAGAAAAAUUCUCUUCGAAAGAAACCUCCACAGUCUCAGCCAUCCUUGACAAAAAUGAAAGCAGAGAAGGCACAGCUGGAAAUGCAGGCUCUAGAUGAAUUAGAUGAGGCCAUUGCAAAAGCCGAGAUGCCAGCUGAUGACCAGACAGAGUCACCAUUUGCUUCCAUUCGCAAGAGACCCCUUUCUCAAAAGAUCAGUCCAGAACAUCUAACUGGCAUUUUCCAUAGACAAGAAAGUGCCCCUAGCACCAGCACCCCAAGUCAGGAUGAUCACAGAGCCAGCUUAAAGAAGCCUGUCAUUCCCUUGGCACCCUCAGCAUUCCGAUUUAACACUGUUGCCAGGAUGUCGUCAACUAAAACAAAUCUCCCCUCUGCAGCUUCUGCAGUGUCACCCAUAGACACAGUCACCAUGGAAACUCAGACACAGUUUGAUGAGGACAUGUAUGACAAGCAGAAACGAAGGUAUUCAGCAGGAUCAGAUUCUGCUUUAUCUUCACUACGUUCUUCCCCAGCAUCAUCUUACUCCUACACAACAACAUUAUCCAACGAUAGUGGAGUGUACACAAGGGCAGACCGAACUCCAUCUGAUAUUACUUCUCCAGUGGACUCUAGUUUAUCUCAAGUACCACCAGCUCCUGAUUACCCUGCUCCAUCCAUUCCACCUGCACCCAGCUAUCCUGCUCCAAAACAUCCUAAUGUUAGAGCUCGUUCGCAGUCCCUCCACAGUCUACGGAGUGAUUCAUCUAUGGAUGAGAGGAGAAUGAGUUCAGGUCAGAAACGUCCAGGCAAACCCCCACCACCUGUCCCUCGUAGAGAUUCGUCAAUCAGUGAAGAAAACCUGUCAAGGUCAAUUUCAGUAGAAACAGCCAGACCAUCUUCUCUUGAUGUUCCACUAUAUGCAGAGAUUCAAUCAUCCUCUGUUCCUGAAACUGUCAAUUCUGACUUUUCAAAUGCGAUUGCAGCAGCUGCCGCUAAAAGGGAGAAACUACGGAAAGCAAACAGUUUUGAUGCAUUGGAAUCUAAAACACCACUACAGCUGGCACUAGCUGCAAGAGAGCUAAGUCUGAGUGGGGAGAAUCAGAACAGAAAUCAGAAUGCAGAAACAGCUUCACAGGGCUCACCACAGUUAGCUCUCAAUGAAGCUAUAGCUAGACGAAAGGCACAUUUGGAUGCAAGUAAAAACCCUUGUGAAAAUAUUGAAAGUAAAAUCCGCAAAUACAAGCAGGCAGAUUCUGCGAAAGGAAACUCGGCUAAUCAAGCUCUUUUGACAGCAAUUGCAAAACGACGAUCGACAAUUGAGAAACAGAUGUCUGAAGACAGUGACUCUCAGUCAACAAGUUCAGAGGGUAGUACUAAAAUAGAAUCAGACAAAAAGGACACCACAGAACACAAACAUGCAUCAAGUAUCAAAGAAACUGACAUAGCUCAAGCAGCUGCUGUGAUGCAGUCUCGCCUAGCCAGCAAACCUCCAGUCAAAGAACCAGUGAAUUCUUUUGGUGGUCAUAAAAAUGUUAUCAAGAUUAUUCCACGUGGAGAAAGUAGCAAAUCUACUAGCCCUACUUCACAAUCACCCAGAGACAAAACUGUUGAAGGUCUUACAGCAUUACAGGAUACCGAAGCCUCUGUUCAAGCUCUAAAAUACAACUUUGAGAAAAACCAGAAGCCUGAUACCUAUAAACACCCAUUGUCACCGGUCAAAGAGAAUGAAGGAGAUAUUUCUGUCACGACUUCACCCGCUAUGAUGGGGAGCCUAAGUUCUGAAAGCCGUCAACCCAAUGGGUGCAGUGAAUCAGAUUCAUCUCCUCAGUUACAUGUACCUCCCCUUGUUGACCAUCGGCAAGAGCGAUCAUUUGACUCAGCCAGUGUGGUUUCCUCUAUGUCUUCCAUGUCAACCAUGUCCAGUUACAGCACCCUGUCAACUGAGCCAAGUAGCGACAUCUUUGAGCAGGAUGAAGAUGAUGGCAGAACCAGCACAAUGAAAUCAUCCACCUCAUCGUCGUCUUCCAAUUCAACAUUAACCUUGAAAAAUACCAAACCAUCUCCAAAAGUCUUGCCCAAACCAAAGAGAGUGUUAGAUGAUAACACACCACCAUCAUCUAGCACAAGUAGUGAAACCCUAGACAAUGAGAGAAGUUUGAUAAUAAAUGCUUCACCAUCUUCAGAUGUUGACAACAAGCAAAGUAUGCUGAGUGCUUGGACUGAACAAGGUUCCAACUCCAACGAAAAUGAUGUACAAGGUUGGAAAACAAAACCUCUCGUGGAGUGGACUUCCCAAGAUGUGGGUCUGUGGCUGACUAGUCUGAAUUUGAGUGAACACCGUCGUAGUUUUGAGGAGAAUGAGAUUGCAGGAGAACAUCUGUCUGCUCUUACCAAGGAUGACUUGCAAGAGCUAGGUGUUGUAAGGAUGGGCCAUCGAUUGACCAUCAGCAAAGCCAUUAAACAACUCUGAAGAUAGGAAAGUACAGUGAAAAUUUGCAUGUACAUGUAAAUACAGGCACAUGGGGCUAUAACUAUUGGUUUCAAGGAUACACUUGUAACUUAUUUACUCAUGGGCAGUGCAUUGGUGUAAAGUUACUGCUGAAGCUGGUUAGCGUAACAAAAUCAGACCAGUAAAAUAGAAACUAGAGACACAGAAACAGAUAUUGCAGUUUUGCAUACCUGUAUCUGUGUCACUGAAGGCCUUUUGUCUUGAAAAAGAGUCGCAGGGUAUGACAUUGAGUGUUCAACAAGUUUUUCCUUCUCAAAUUUGUUUUGAAGGAUAAAGGUUGCUUAGCAGCUAAUGUGUGUGAAUCUGUGUGUGUGCAUUCCAGGGAACGCAAGGCAUUGGCCAACAUGGCUAGUUAUUAGACCUGUACAGUGUUGAUAAGCAGUGUCCAACUUGUUAUGGGAAGGGUUUGGGAGUAUUUAUACGUUGAUUGCAUAGCUUAAAGAACACAAAACUUAACAUUUAUAUAAGAGGAGGCUCUGUUACAUUUAUGGUAAAAUAUUAAGUUACAGUUUUUAAAGUAAUAAGAAAAAGCAUGUGAAUGAUAUAAUUGUAUAAAGUGUGAUAAUUCAAAAUUUCAAAAGUAUAUGCCAGGUAUUCCCCUGUGUUUUCCCAUUGGAAAUGAUUGGGUUUAUGUGUACAUGUUUAUCAAUAAUUUUUGGAAAAUACUAAAAUGUGGGUUAUGGUAUUUAAGUAAAUAUUUUUGGAUUUAGAUGAGACAGAAGCAUGGUGCUGCUGCUCACAAGGUUAAUGAUGCUUGUGUUGAGUAAUUUGGACAAAAAAUUUGGAUGGGCUGUACAAGUCCCUAUAAAAGAGGUUUGUGUGUUGCGUUGCUGUUUAAUUUUAUGGUUUUGUUUUUCUAAUGAAUAUUUAGUCAUAUAGAAUCAUUGUACUGUAUUUCAAUAAAUAUCUCAGAAGGAGUCCAAUCAAUCUAAAUUUGUAUAUAAUAUAAAAAAGAGAUGAGAAUCCAACGAAGAUUGAAGAUGAUUUCUUUUUGGUAUUUGUAAGUUCAAUUUAAAUGGUGUUAAAUUUGAUUAAAAUAUCAAAAUUGAUAGUAUUUUGUUUGGUACAUGUACAUAGUGAUGACGAGAAAGAUCAAAGUACAUGUAAAAUGAAAGUAAUAUGAACUAAGUCUCUUUUUGUCGAAAAAAGAGAUUUUGACAUGGGAUCGAAGCAUAAUAUACAGGUACAUGUACGUAUAAGACUGAACGUGGAAUGCACUUACAAGUGUAUUUCCAGUUUUUAUUUUUCUAUACAUCGCAUUAUGUAAGUUUUAUAGGCAAAUGUUCUUUUUGUUUUGUUAUAUAUUUAUUAAAACUUUUGUAGAAAUGCCAAGUUUUUGAGUUAGUGUUUCUUCCGAAGUCAGAGAAAUCGAAGUCUAAUGUUCAAAACUAGAAUGUUACUUGAUUUAAAUUUCAGUGAGAAGAAAAAAUUACCAUUGUAAGAAAUGUUGGUUUAUUAUUGAUAGAUUAAACGGUGCAUUUUAGUUAUUCCAUUUAUUUACACCUUCAGGUUAUUCAAUCUGUAAUUGUAUCUGAAUAUAUGAACACCGUUUUGUAUUGGUUUACUUGUUUAAAGUAGCCACAGUUUACCUCGAUAAUAUGCUCUGCAAACAAUGUAUCUGUAGGUUUUCAUCAGUUCAAGGAGGAAGAAAGUUUGUUUUCGUACAUUAUUUAAAGUAAGAGAAGGGAUGCGUUACUUCCUUGUCAAAUGUACAUGGGUUGCCAAAAAUGCAAUAGCAGUUAAAAGCUUAAUUUUUCUUGCCACUUGAGUCUCUUUAUCAAACAUGACAUGACGUGGCAGCGUUAUGAGGUUCUGUUGUUUGGUUCUGUUGUAUUGCAAGACGAUUGAUUACAGUACAAGCACAGGCAUAAUAAUGCACUCUCUGUUGGGAACAUGAAUUUAAAAGUGGAAGGCUGGUUUUAUAUGCCGUCUAACCUUGUUUUUACAUAGUCGGCCAUUGCUUAUUAAGUGCACUGUCCAUACAAGAUUCUGCUUAUAACAAGGGCAUGUUAGGUCCCAAUCCUUUUUGUUAUUGUUUUCUCUCUUGAUAAUUCAAAGCUCCUGUUAUAAUGGUGAUUUUUCAAGUCCGAAGGACCCGUUAUUAACGAGAUGCGAGUUUACCACAGAAUGACCCAGUACCUAUCUGCAUGGCCUGUUGAAGGCGUUGCUCCUCCAUUGUACAUGUACAAUGCUUUUAUUUUAUCUGUGUGAUUAUUACAAAGUGUGCAGCAUAAUCGGGAUUUUCGCCAUAUUCAUUUGUUGUAACAUAUAACAUGAAUAACUGGAAUGUUUUAUAGAUUUGUACACAGAGUAAUUAAGAAGUGGUUUAGUGCCAUGCUAGGCAACUUGUUUUGACUUUCGUGAAUGCUAUUUCGUGCUAUAACGAUUGCAGAAAUAUCCUAUGCUACUGGAACAUUUAUUUGCACAACAAAUCCUAUUUUCAUGCGAAAUGUUGUCGCAUGUGCAUUUACUUUUCUUUCUGUUUUACUUCAGUUUCUCAGUUCCAGUUUAAAGGUAUAUUAAUACAUGUAGCAGAAUAGCACGCUCUUUCCGCUUGAUGUCUGGUAGUUAUACGUAAACGUUAAUAUUUUGCAUUCAGUAGUUGCUAUAGAUAACAGAACACUUGUAACAGGUACGUAGCUGCAGAUGCAUCAAUGGAAAAGUGAAUUUUAUAUUUGAUGCCGAAGGACGAUUUGAGAGAAAUAAAGCGUUUGUCAAUAAACUGG